GAAUAAACCCAGAAUAAAAUACGGUUGACAUUGCUCCAUUUGCUCUGAAGGUGGCAGUCUAUGAUCAUCCUCAUUCUCACUGAAGCUUAACAAAACCCAGAUGAGCUCUAUCUUGUGGUGUUUGGCUCCUAAUAGUUCUUGUUUCAAAUAAAGAGAAGAUGGAUGAUGGGGAAGUAGAGACCUUAGACCAUGCUGUAAUUCCAAAAUCCAAUUCCUCUGGUAAUUUCCAUACUCCAACUUCUAUAGAUACAUUACGGACAUGCCUUCACACUCACACAUGCAACCUACCUGGCCCUGAUGCUGCACAUACACACACUUGCUAUCACACACAUACCCAAGUUCUUCCGUCGGAGGAAAAUGAUGGUGAUCACAGUAAAGAGGAUUUGGUAUUGAAACCAAAAAGAAGAAGGCCUUCAGGAAAUAGAGAAGCAGUUCGGAAGUACAGAGAGAAAAAGAAGGCACACACAGCUUAUUUAGAAGAGGAAGUUAAGAAAUUGCAGCUGUUGAACCAGCAACUUGUUAGGAAAUUACAGGGGCAGGCAAGUCUUGAAGCAGAAUUUUUAAGGCUUAGAAACCUAUUGCUGGACUUUAGAGGAAAAAUUGAUAGUGAGUUGGGUGCUUUUCCAUUUGAAAAACAGUAUUAUAAACCUGGUGUUAUUUCCAAGGAAGGGGAUUGUGAACUGCAAUCUAAUGUUGGGGAAACUGGCAUUCGUUGUCAAAUUGAUUUGCCAUGCUUCUGUCCACCUGCUGUGGGGUUAUCAUUAGAGGCCGGAAUUGAAGCGAGUGAGAAAACAAUGGCGUCCUUUGGAGGAAAUUGUCAGUCCCCGGUAAUUGAAUGCCGAGAUCAUCCAAAGGUGAUGGCAAGUGCUGAAGUACAAAAUCCCCACAUACAAGAAACCUUGGUAUCCUCAGCAAUGGAUAAGUAGCUUACUGUGGCAAAUAUACCAUGUAAGUUUCAUGAAUACACCAGUACUUAUAUUAGCUUCGAGUCUGUCAUAGUUUGUAGCAGAGGGGGAUAUUUUUGUACAGUGUUUUGUGUUUAAAAGGUGUGAUUACAUCUGUGAUGCAUCCUAAGUUAUUUGUGUUUGUGAUUUUGGCAUCUUUCAAUAACUUGAGUCAUGCUAUCAUGCAUAUAAAAGUUUCUUAAUUUGUUUC